AUGGGUGGAAGAAGUAGAGGUCGCGUCAAACGCAAACAGAUCCAAAGCGACGAUGGCUGGACGGUUAUUGCCCACGGUCUCGCCAACGUAUCGCUCGGCAGUAGCGAGCAAAAAGAGAAGCAAGGCUCACUGCCAGACAUGGUACAAGACCUGACGACAGAAAAAUUGCUGGCAGAAUUCAAAAUGUUGCAGGAGCGGUGGGAAGACACGGCGCUUGCGGCGCAGGUUAAGCAGAUUGUUGAGGAGAAGAGUAAAGAUGGCGAGGGAGGGUGUGGCUGGGGUGUAACAGAGGCUGUGUGUAUAGGCAUAGGGAGUUUUAGUCGGGAUUGGGCGCAUCGGUGGAGGAGUCUGUGGCAGCUUGUGUUGUUUGUUGAUGUUGUGGGAUGCCUCACGAAAGAAACUACCAACAAGCAAAUCCCAUGCUACGCCCAAGACCCGGCUUUCACCCCACUAGACACCGAGUUCCUUUCUCUCCUCUCCAUUACGUCACUAUCUUCGCAUCUCGAAUCGAAAAUCACAGCAUCGUCGUUUGUCUACUCACCGUUCGUCGAUUGGUUCCUGCUGCUGCCGAAGUUUCUGGCUGGCCGAGAUCCCGUCUUGUAUGUGGGCAACGAGAUUCUAGACGACUACGCUAUGUAUGCGCAGACGCGGGCGAAGAGGGAGAGGCUCGACGAGUGUAAUGAGGUGGGCAGGAGGUGGGCUGUAGCAAGGGAAAUGCUGAGGUUAAAGGAGUUUGAGAAGCAUGCCAAUGCGUUGAAUGGGAUGGUGGUUUAUUGGAGGGUGGCUGAAACUACAAUGUGGAGCGAGAAGCCCUCGCACGAAACUGACCACUAG